GUGGCCAUAUUGGCAUGGGGGAUAGAUGACAAUUUCACCUUAGCCGAAGAGCUACAUUUUUUGUUAUUUUUGAAAGUUUAUCCAGGGCGUGUUCACUCGGAAAUAAAGGGAUAUCGAUAUAUCACCAGAACCUGACCCUGGUCGAUCCCGUGGAGGGCGUUGAAAGAGAUGAGCAACAACUUAAACAAGAGGGCCCCAACCACAGCAACACAGCGGCUAAAACAGGACUACUUGCGCAUCAAGAAAGAUCCAGUCCCGUACAUCUGUGCUGAACCUCUGCCCUCCAACAUUUUGGAAUGGCAUUAUCUAGUUCGUGGCCCUGAGAAAACUCCAUAUGAAGGUGGUUACUAUCAUGGCAAACUAAUUUUUCCACGGGAAUUUCCCUUCAAGCCUCCGAGCAUAUACAUGAUCACACCCAACGGCAGAUUUAAAUGCAACACAAGGCUGUGUCUCUCCAUCACAGAUUUUCACCCUGACACGUGGAACCCUGCGUGGUCUGUAUCCACCAUUUUAACCGGCCUCCUGAGCUUCAUGGUGGAAAAAGGCCCGACUCUCGGCAGUAUCGAAACCUCUGACUUCACAAAACGACAGCUGGCCUCCCAGAGUCUUGCAUUCAACAUCAAGGACAAAGUCUUUUGCGAACUCUUUCCAGAUGUUGUCGAAGAAAUCAAGCAGAAGCAGCGUAUGCAGGAGGAGCUCAGGUCACGCUCGCAGGCGCUGCCGCUUCCCGACGUGGUGCCGGACGGUGAAGCCCAUCAUGCACAAAACGGCCACCUGCCCCUGAACGGGCACCUGCCGCCCGGCGCAAACCACCCCCCCGACCUUCAGCAGGUCAACCGAAACCAUGGACUCCUGGGUGGAGCGCUUGCUAAUUUGUUCGUCAUCGUAGGCUUUGCUGCAUUCGCCUACACGGUCAAGUACGUUCUGCGGAGCAUCGCGCAGGAAUGAACCGGCCAAUGAGAGAGACCGACCUACAGGCGGGAUGACAGGCUGGUGCCGUUCUCACGACCAAAAUAGGUAGCGAGAAAUCAAAAAAGGGGUUUUCUCACAACCAAAUAAAAAUGAAGCAGUGUCCCAUUAAUGAAAUUGAGAGCUUGGUGAUUUCCUCCACAGUGGCGGCUGAACCGGAUCUCACGUAACUCGAAGGUCGGGGGUCAUGUGAAACGAUGGCUUUAUUAACAUGUAGGGAAAUUUUUUUUAAAAAGCUAAUUUUUGUUUCGACCUUACCCAAUUCCCAAAGGAAGCCAACUACAUAUGACCGUGAAUUCAAUUGGAGUGGGCUUUUUUGAUUUGUUUUGUUUUUGAGUUUUGUUUUGUUUUUGUUUGUCUUUUGUUUAUUGUUUUUUUAUUUGUUUUAUGAUUUGCUUUCUUUUGUUCAAUUUGUUUUGUCUGUUGUUUUUUGUUGUCUUUUGUUUUAUCUGUUGUUGUUGUUUUUUUCGAUUUGUUUUUGUUUGUUUAUUUGUUUUGUUUUUUAAUGGUUUUUGUUUUUUGAUUUGUUUUGAUUAGUGUUUUGUUUAAUUUCUUUUGUUUUAUGGUUUGUUCUGUUUGUUUUGUCUUGUUUUGAUUUGUUUUAUUUUAUGAUUUAUGUUUUUAUGACUUGUUUUCUUCUAUUAAUUUUUUGUCUUUUUUUGUUCUUGUUUAAUCUGUUGUUUUUAUGUUUUGAUUAGUGUCUCGAUUUUGUUUUGUUGUGUUUUGGUUUGUUUUGUUUAGUGGUUUGUUUUUGCUUGAUUUUUGUUUGUUUUGUCUUCAGGAUUCAAGAUUUUGUCAUCUUGUUUUUUUUUUGUUUUCUUUUUUUAUCUGUUGUUUUGUUUUUCAAUUUGUUUUUCUUGGUGUUUUGUUUUUGUCUUUUUUGUUUAUUGUAUUCCUUUAUUUUAGAUUUGUGGUUUGUUUUCUUUUUAUUUUGUCAUGUUUUGGUUUUAUUUUGUUUUGUUUGUUUUGCCUUUUCUUUAGUUUUUAUUUGUUUUGUUUUUGUGUUCUUUUGUUCUGUUUUUUGUUUUUUGUUUUAUUUGUUUUUUUUAGUUUGUUUUGAUUCAUGUUGUUUAUUAGUUUUGUUUUGUCUUGUUUUCUUUUUGUUUUCUUUAGUUUUUUUUUGUUUGUUUUGUUUUUCUUUUGAGCCCAAAUCAGCAUUUUGUUGAUUGGCUUAAGUUUCUGGUUGAUCUUUAGGAUAUUAAAAUCUGGAUGCAGAGUUUUUAUGCGGAAGAUUGCAAGAGAAAAAUAGUCCAAUCAUUCCUUAGAGACAAAAACAAAUAAAAAAAGAUACUGAUGGUUGUCGCAUCACUUAUUGCUGUGACGAUAAUUCCAGAGUAUUUUAUUUCCUGGACAUGGCUCGACUGUAAACGUGCUUUACCGAUGGAAAAUUUCUUCUUAAAUGCAUUUGUGCUCGCUUGCGCUACGCCAGCCGUAACAACCUAUUAGGCCAGGAAAGCAGCGGUGUGAAAUGAAUUAUUUGUCUUUUGUUUGUCUGUGAUGCGGCGCUCCAAGUGUACAUUAACUUUCUUUCAGAGCGGGUCACUGUUGGUCAGAAGAAAACUAUAUGAACUCAUUCUUUUUAGUUUUUUUCGGACAUGUAACACUAUAAAUUGUUUUUUCGUGCAAUAUGUAGGAUUGUCAGCAGCACUACUUGGCUUUCACGAUACACAGCACUUCUUUUUGUUUCCGAGGGUUGUGAUUUAUGCAAUAAUUCUUAAUAAAUUGAAAUUCUUAUUAUGAACAUAGGCGGGCAGAUAUGCAUUCAGUUCUUGCGUUUCCUGUUGUACUGUAAGAUCUCUGGUUGUGUUCGUUUGGACAAGUACUUUGAGCUGCACAAAUAAUUCACAACGAAGACUUUCAAGUCAAAGUCUAGUUCGCUGAGAUCCGAAUGCACCCCAAGACAUCUCUUUCUGGGUCAGAACGGUUGCGUCGCUGGCUGCUGGUUUUGACUCGGAGUGAAUUUUUACUCUCAUUGUGCCAGUUUGUUCUGGUUUCCUCCCCCAAUUCAACUAUUCUGAUUACCCGGAUACUAGCAGUCGUAUCUUUUUCAGCACCUCCAUGAACACUGUUGAUCAAUAUCCUUUUCUUUAGAAGGGCGUGUAAUCAGAGGUAGUCAUGUUGUGUUUACAUUUUGAAUAAAUAAUAUUCUGUUAAAGAA